UUUUCAAUGGUGCAGGUGUAUCCAUUUUUGUCUUCCCUCAGUUUCGUAUGUUCCUAUCAGAUUCCGUGUAUCAGAAACACUAUAUUUAUUAUCCUUACCAUGUCACAAGACACCUUUAUUUCUGUUUUCCAAAUCGGUUUCCUCUUAAGUCAACUUCUGCGAUAGGCUUCUCGAAGCAGGUCUAGAAACAAACAUCGCCGUACAAGUUACAAUUCCCACUCAUCCAUAUGUUGGUAUCACAGAAAUUCUGUAAUUCAGCCAACGAUUACUUAUAACCGUAUGAAUUAAAAACUAAUCAAGAUGCCUGCGAAGUAGUCAACAGUUACUGACGACUGCACUCGCCGACUUAAGUCUUUUAUUCCAUUUUACGGACCGAAAAAGUGAAACGAUCCACAGCACAGGACAACGAAAAGUUACUUUACAAAGAACCUGCCACAAGUCUCACAUAAUUGCCUACAGUAAACAUCAGCUAACACUGAACUUCAGAUAUACUACGUCAUUACUUUGGUCGCUGAAGUAUCUGUACACAUAAAUGUUAGUGGCUUUUUAUGAUUCCUUAAAUCCGUAGAGGACGUCAGACAACACCAGUUUGUGGUUGCGUAUUUAUUUACAGUGAGUUAUCUCGUAUAAGAGUAAUGUGUAUUAGGAUAGUAAUUAUCCAAAUUAAUGCAAAAUAAAAUGUAAAUGCAAUAAAGUACAUUCACAUGCAUAGUAGAUAACUGACUGUCACAAGCCGGUAUUUAAGCUGUAAACUAAAUUUUCCAUUAAUUGAAGCUGACUGAUAUUCUUAUUUACAAUAUCAGGUUCCUGAGCGUUGCUUGACAGUGGGAGUUGGAACGGUAAUGGAUGCUAAUGAGGUUAUGAUUCUAGUCACUGGGACUUCUAAAGCAUUAGCAUUGCAGAAAGCAAUCGAAGAGGGAGUAAAUCAUAUGUGGACAGUAUCUGCUUUCCAGCAUCAUAAGAAAGCUAUAUUUGUUGUUGAUGAAGAUGCGACAAUGGAACUCCGCACAAAAACUGUUCGUUAUUUUAAAGACCUAGACAGUAUACAUCGCAAGCUAAAUGAAAUAUCAUUUUAGUUAUGUUUUGCUUACAGAUGUCCUAGUGAUUUUAAAUAAAACAUUGUAACAAUU